AUAUUUUCUGUAAUAUCAUAUAUUUAGACAAAUCCACAUAAAAUAAUUAUAAAAUUCGUCAAAUAACAAUAACGUUUCUAACAUCUACAACGAGAGACAAAUUCGGGAAACGAUGAGCGUUUAUCCGUAUGUCACGUGCGUUUUUUUAUAUUUAUAUAUUUUUGUUCAUAUAUAUUUAUUUAUUUAUAAAACAGAAUUUUCUCUCACAUAAAUGAUCAACAUUAUUUUGUAUUCACAUAUUGUCCGCUCAAAAUGCUUUUAUAAAUGACUAUUAUAGAUUCGCUGCUUAAAUGUGCCGCUCAGUGUGACGUAAGGUUGGAAAAGUCGCUGAUUGGCUGGGUUCGGAAAUAUGCGCAAGAGCAUACCCUUGUAUUUCUACCAUGCGAUAUCCUUGUGCCUGUCAAAUGGAUGAUAAUGGCAGCGACGAUGGUUGAUACGAUGGUGCAGAGCAAUGGCUUUCAGACAAAAAAGAAAGAGGACAUCGAGAAUAAGGACAACUUGUGGUCGUCUAUCCUGGCGGAAGUGCAAAACAGCGGUAACAACAAGCUGCCGUCGAACAAAAACGUCCUCGUUCUAGGUAAAAUACUCGGCACGGGUCCCCGAUCGCUCGAUGUAGCACGCAUAUUAAGUAGCUAUUCCGUUGCUUGACGCGUGUGUCAUCGG